UCGAUCAUGUGAUCAGCUGUGUCCAAUCACAGCUGAUCCCAUCACUGAUGAUCAGUGUAGCCCCAGCAGUGUUACCUGUCAGUGUCCAUCAAUGCCAGCUGUCAGUGCUCAUCAGUGCCACGUGCCAGUGCCACAUCAAUGCCAUAUAUCAGUACCUACCAGUGCACAUCAAUGCAACAUAUCAGUGCCCAUCUGAGCUGCCAAUCAGUGUCACCUAUCAGUGCCAGUCAGUGCCGCCUAUCAGUGCCAGUUAGUGCCGACUAUCAGUGUGCAUCAGUGCUGACUAUCAG